AUGAAUUCUGUCGACGGCGAUCCCUCGGCUCCUCCCAAUCCUCCCCCUGGCCCUGGGUCCAGUGCUAAUGGUCUCACCAGCCGCCAGCGUAAGCGGUUGAAGGAGAAGCGUCGCCAGCUAAGGAAGGCAAGUCCCAAGGAAGCACCAAAGGCCGCUGAAGAACAUGCCUCCCGCGUGGUUGAGCUCUACUCUCGCGCAGUACAGGCGCAGGCAAAUGUCAGAUACUCCCGCUUUCUUUCCCCGUUGAUCCAAACCAGUCUUCUUCUGGGGUGUGUGCCUAGCAGCGGUAUGGUCGGUAUGGGCCGUGGUGGUGGCCGUGGUGGCCGUGGCCAUGAUGGUGGUCGCGGUGCUCUCCACUACACCACCACGGGCGCACCGGCGCUUGCUACUCCCGGUCCCGCCAGUACCACAGGCGCCUCCCCGACCCUCCAUACCCGCAAUGCCCCCCUCGCGCAGCGAGAUCCGGCCCGCGAGCAACGAAACCCUCCACUGGCCUACAACGCCCCUCAUUGGGCUCAUGCAUCUGGACUCCCCCCACGUCAGCACCCUCGUGCCAAUGAUACUCAAUGA